GGGGACGGGGCCCACCACGGGCUGAUGCUCCUGGCGGCGCCGGGGCUCCAGGCCGGACUGCAGGUGGACCCGGGUUGAAACUUGGAAGACUUUCUUACCCGCGUCCUGGGAGAGCGGCCGCUGCUGAGAGAGGAGAUGGAUCUGUCUGGGUAUGAAGCUGUCCGCCUCCUCCUGCUGCUCUCCUUGCUGUGGGAACCCGCGGCUCCCCGCUGUGCCGUCUCUCUGGGCUAUGACUUAACAGUCAGGACUAAUGGACAGCCGUGGUGUGACAUUGAGGGCCGGGUCAAUGGGAACACAUUUCUUCAUUUUACCUGUGGUGGCCAGUUGACACUCACCAGUGUUCCGGACAUGAAUGCCACACGGGCCUGGGGCGAGCAGAGAGACACUCUGCAGUCCGUGGUGGAAGAGCUCAGGGUGCCCCUGCUUGACAUGAGAGCAGAGAUUCCUGCAGCCGGCGGUCCUCUCGCCCUGCAGGGCAGCAUGGCGUGUGAGCGGGAGUCCAGUGGGCAAACCAGCGCAUCCUGGCAGUUUGGAUCGGAUGGACAGCCAUCUCUCCGCUUUGACUCAACGAAUGGACACUGGACGGUGUUGCGCGGUGAAGGCAGGCGGUUAAAGAGAGCAUUGGCGGGUGACACAGCUAUGACCCACCUCCUGGUUAUGACCUCAACUGGAGACUGUAGGCAGUGGCUUCAACAAGUGGUGUGUCCCCUGAGCACACAAGCUGCAUCAGCCACGGCCACAGCCCCAGUCCCGUCCAAGGCCACAGUCAACAGGCCCGUCUCCUUGGUCCUCCCUGGGAUGCCCACCUGCGCGAUUAUAGUUGGCCUCUCAGGCUGGGCCUUUACCUGACAGGAACCGAGGGCAUAGUUACAGGCGCCAUAACAGGUACUGAUGGACGGCACACGCACACUCUGAGAAGCACUUCAAACCGUGCAAAGAAGUGGAAAUUUGGAUCCCUGAAUGGUUUGCCUCCAAACAAGAAAAAUUCUGUUGGGACAGUGCCCACAGAUUAC